CGGAAGCUGAAGCGGGUUGGUAUGGCCCCAGAGGUUCGUGGUUAGUCGGUUGGUUGUCAUGGAGACGGCGUUCUGUCUCAGUGGAUCGGGGGAGGAACGAACAAGAGGAGAGAGGAGAUCAGGUGCAUCAGUCAACAACAUCGCGAUCCCUAGACAGAGGAGGAAGUUGGUGGAAAAUGAAGACUUGCUAACCUGCAUUUCUCUAGAAACCUAAAACACACCAACCAGAAUGGCAGGGCAAAUGAGUGCAAGUGCUGUCCUUGGCAAAUAUAACUUAAGUGAUCUACAGGAAUUGCUCACCAUAACUUCCUGUACAUGGUUGCAGCCCACUGAUAAGUUUCACCUUCCAAUAGAGUACCCUACUGGACUCUCGAGCCAAAUGAAAGACUUCAGUUAUUCCAAUGCUGUAAUUCUAACUCCUAUGGCACCAGGUGCUCCAUUGAAUUACAAAGAAGUUCAACAAAUUUUGCGAGAAUUGGUGAUAGGUAUUUAUAUUCUAAACCAAGUUCCAACUAUUUAUUUAGAUGGCAACUACGAUUGUAGUACUGCAUGUCUCCUGUCGCCAGCCUAUCAUGAUACACUAAUUGGGCAAAUUUUGAUAAAUGUGGACUACACUAUGAAAGCACUUUGGCAUGGAGCCUACAUGCCAACUGAAAAAAGAAAACGAUUUUCAGAAAUAUGGCGUGCUAAUCUGGAAAUCAAUGUUGAUGGAACUUCAAAAUUAGGGGCAGAUAUACCUUCUGAAUUCCUUAAAGCAGGCCUUAUAGAUAUUUCAACUGAUCCUGACUACAAAGGGAUCUAUAGUACUGAUUUAUUCCUUGAUCCAUCAUAUGAUCCCAACAACUGUGAGGAGAUGAAGUUAUUUAUGCAAUAUGUGAACAACCUUUUACUGCAAAUCAACCCCAAUAUUACCUAUGUAAGGCAGCACCAAAAUGUGUUCAUGUACGAUGCAGCUUACAGCCUUAGUAAUGCAGUAAGACUUACAGAAGAAGAAAUUGAUCUGGUGGCCUACCAGAGAUUACAGCAGAGACUGAUUCUCCAGCAGAAACUUGUUGAGAAGUACCUGGAGAGGAAAGCAGAGAUUCACAGAAACAUUGCCUACCUCAAACUAAUUGCCUUUCUUAUACCUUUCCUUAUUGCAUUGAGGGGGAAGAAGAAAGUUCCAGAUCUGAGCAGACUCCUGCCUCCAUUUUCUGGUGAGAGAGGUAAUGAAUGUGGAAGUUAUUAUGCAAUUGCUAUUGAGCUCGAAACCAUCUUUCACACAUUGCAGAAGUUUAAAUGGUGGAAAGUAGUCCAUGAUGUAAUCCCUCUGCUCAAAUCUGAUAAACUACCGUUAAAUGGAACGCAGUUGAAUGAACAAUUAAGGAAAAAAUUUGGUCAUAAAAACACCUUAAAAUGCAAGGAUUUGGCCGUUGGUCUAACAUCUGCUACCAAGAGCGGACUUGCUGCUGUCUUUUACACAUACUGUCAACAAAACCCGAUAUCUCAGCUUGGAGUUGUAGAUGCAUCUGGAUAUGCACUUAUUCAUCAUGCUGCAAUACACAAUCAUGCAUCAAUUAUCUGUCAGCUGACCGCAGUACACCUGAAAAUUAAUCAGCGUUGUACUGACUAUUUGUUCAAUGUGGGUAAGCUCUAAAAACCAGCACGUCCAACUGCUCUGCAUAUGGCAGCCAAAUGUGGGUCACUUGGUGCACUAACAUGCCUACUGGCUCUGCGAGCAGAUCUCACAAAGGUUGAUAAACGAGGCUGGACAGCUAUGCAUUUUGCUGCAUUUUAUGACAAUGUUUCUUGCAUUAGAGCUCUGUAUAGAAAGGAUCACAGGCUUUUAGAGUUGGAGACUUCAGCUCAAUACAACUCUACUCCACUAUUGCUUGCUGCAAUGGCUGGUGCAUUUGAAGCACUUCAGUAUUUACUAUCCCUUGGAGCCAAUUUAACAAAGCUCGACAGUGAAAAAAACAAUAUUAUUCAUUUGGCAGCACUCUACUCCCAUACAGAUAUCCUCAAGUACAUCAUUGAGCAGAAUAUUCCAGAGCUACCUGUCUGGGAACUCCUUAAAGAAAUGAUGAACAGCAAAGAAUAUAAAAAGCAGGAGAUGGGAGUGAGAUCACUUGAGGUUCUUUGUGUAAUAGACAAGCAAUACUGGAAAGCAAUUCAUUCUGCAGGUAGCAUUCCUGCUCUUGUGGAUUUGUUAUACAGUAAAUAUGAGACACUGCAAUGUAUUGCUGCUGCUGUACUGUGUAAUCUCUCCACCUAUUCUGAAGUCUGUCACUCGAUUAUUGAUUAUAAUAUCAUCCCAGUUCUUAUUGAAUUACUGCACAGUAAACAGCCUGAGCUUCAGUCACGUUGUUCUGUCAUCCUGUAUGAUAUUGCCCAGAUUGAGGAUAACGCCAGUCUAAUCGCCUCCCUCGGUGCCGUUCCUCCUCUGGUGAAGAUUUUAAAUUCUGAAGUCGAAGAUGUCUUAAUCAAUGCAACUAGAUGCAUUCGGAUAUUAUGCACUAAUAAUCCAGUUAAUCAGACCUUAGUGGCUAAUGAAGGAGCGAUUCCUCUAUUGGUGGAGCUGUUAAGUGUGACUUCAGAAGCUCUGCAGGGUGAUGCAUCAGUUGCUUUGGCUGAAGUUGCACGUGGUCACACGAAGAACCAAGAUGCGAUUGUUGCUGAAGGCGCAGUGGUCGCGCUUGUAAAUAUCCUCAGUGGACGGAAAAUCAGGAUGCAGAUGAAAGCAAUAAAAGCAGUGGAGGUUUUAGCUGACAGAAAUGCCGCAGUACAAAAAGAAUUUCUGGAAAUGUCUACCGACAAGCACAUUAUGAAACUUCUCAAGGUAUUUGAAGUAGAGGUUCGAGAGCAAGCAGCAACAGCUUUUUGGGCAUUAGCAGGACAGACACUGACACAACGGAAGAAGAUGGCCAAGGAUAUUGGUUAUAAUUUGGUCAUUGAUCUUUUACUAUCCUCAUCUGAUAAAAUGCACAAUGUUGCUUGCCAGGCAUUGAUUGCACUGAGUGAGUGUAACAAAGAACAACAAGACAACAUUUGUGCGAAAAAUGGAAUUUCCCCUUUGGUCCGACUUUUACGAAGCUCUGAGAUAUCUUUGCGUACAUUGUUGAGUGCCAUUGCAGCACUGGGUACUAUGUGUGUUGGUGUAGCUCACCUAAAUAAUCCCAUCAGUCAACAAAAAAUUACUGAAGAAGGGGGCAUGGAUGUGCUUCUUUAUUUGCUUUUCUCUACAAAUUCUCCUGAAGUGCAGGUUGAAGUGAUCUACAGCUUGGCCUGCAUUGUAUUGGGAAACAAUGAACUACAGAAGCUGUUAAUGGAGGAAAAGGGUUUCAACAUCAAGAUUGUACUCAACCAUCUUACUGCUACUGACAAAGAUGUCUGUUCACGAGCAGCCAGUGCUUUAGCCCUUUUUGCAAUGAAUAAUCCAAAGUUACAGGUUUUGAUACAUGAGUGUGGGGGUAUUGAGAUAUCAGUGUUCCAAAAUCUUCUACAAUCCUCAGAAGAGCUGGACCAGGUUAAUGCUGCAUUUCAGAUGAUAAUAUUAGCUAAGGUGAUUGUAGGUAUGGAUGAGGUCACGCUCUCAGCAACAGGUAUUAUAACUUUAGUAAAUCUGCUCAAGUCGAAGAAGGCAUCAACAGUCAUUGUAGUAGGACAGCUGCUGUCUUCUCUUACUCAGACUAGAGAAGGUAUUUCUGAUGCCAUUAUUACAAUGGGAGCUGUCGAAUUCCUUUGUGCACAUUUAUACUCUGAGAAGGAACAGGUUCGUGAUUCUUGUGCUACAGCCUUGGGAUACCUAAGUUUUAAUCGAACUGGCCAUCGUCGCCUGCUCAAGGAGUGCAGGGAUCAGCCAGAACUGUAUGACCUUUUAAUAGCUAACAUAUGCAAAGAUGGCAAAAUCAGUAAAGAAUUUACAGAUGAAUUCCAUGUGCAAAAACUACUUGGCCUGCCUUUAGAGAGACUAGAAUUAAGCGAAGGCCAUCUGACGAUGGUUCAACCAGAGCAGAAAGUGAGAUUAAAAACAGCAAGUUCUCCGAAGGAACAGAAGAAAACGAUGACUUCACGAUUAAAAUCUGCUCCCAGAUAAAAAUGCCUGGGAUUGCUGAACCUCAGAACAAGAUAUAAUUUGCUGGUCCUACAACAAAACAAGCCUUCAAAAUGGAAU